CCCUUAAUAACCAACAAGCGCAAGCGCACUGUGAGUGCAACGAUGCUUAUCAUCCGCAACGUCUACCUAGCCCACGAUGACCACAAGAUGAACAAGCAGCUCUUUGACGUUACUUGUGAGGCCGGUCAUGUUGAAAGCGUCGUCCCGGCUGCCAGCGGCAGCACUGUGAAUGAUAGUCCUUCCCAUAUCGAACAAAUUGAUGGACAAGGACGGAGCAUUCUUUUGCCCGCGCUGUGUCAUGCUCACAUACACCUUGACAAAUGUUUCAUCCUAGAUCAAUGCGAGGAGCUCAUUACAGGAGACUUCGCAGAGGCUCUUCGAGUUACCGCGAAAGUGAAGAAAACAUUCUCCACAAACCUACAAAGCCUUUAUGACAGAGGAAAGCGGAUGAUCAUAGACAGUGUGAAAUGCGGCGUUACAGCGAUGCGAGCACAUGUCGAGGUCGAUGAGACCGUAGGUAUGAGCUGCAUAGAAAUCGGACUCAAGCUCAGGAGUGAAUUCCAAGAGGUUUGCGACGUGCAAAUUGCUGUCUUUGCUCAAGAUCCCAUUUUCGCCGGAGAGGCAUCAGAGGAGACCAAAAGUCUUUUGCUUCUCAAGAAUGCUGCUCAAAGGACAGGCAUCAGCAUCAUCGGUUCCGCGCCAUAUGUCGAGGCUAACGUCGCUUAUGCCAAGCGAAAUAUAUCUGUCGUCUUGGACAUGGCAUAUCAAAACGGUCUGCAUGUCGAUUUCCAUCUCGAUUAUAACCUUGAUCCGACAUCCGAGCCUCUCCUUUGGUUCGUCCUCGACGAGUUGCGGGCUCGCAUUGCAUCAGACUUGUGGCAGCCGAAAGCCUGCGUCUGCGUCGGUCAUGAUACUCGCGCCACGCUCUUUUCCAGUGAGGAGUGGAAACGCUUCUGUCACAUCGUGGAGGAGGACAAGCUUCCGAUAACUCUGGUUGGCCUCCCUCCGAGCGAUAUCUACAUGAUGGGGAGGAACCAGGACCAAACGCCGCGGGGAACACUUGACGUCCCUCGUCUAGCAAGAGAACACGGCCUCAAACUAGCGAUGUCGGUGAACAAUGUCGAGAACGCAUUCACUCCUCAAGGCCCCGUAGACCCACUUGCUCUGUGCACAAUGGGUGUCGCGUUGUUUCAAAGCGGGACAAAGCAGGAUUGCCGAAGCCUCAUUGAAGCGGUGACCAUUAAUGCGCGAGCAGCAAUUGGGAUUUCUACUCCGGAAAAUCCAGUGCCAAUCGCAGGAGACAAAGCCGACUUUGUUCUGCUGCGAGGGAAUAGCUCGGUAUAUGCUGCCGCUCUGAAUCCAGUGUAUUCACGUACAACUAUUAGAAACGGGGUUGUUGUCGCUGAGAGGCAGGUGUCUGAGUGGGUUCGAGAAUCAACAUAGAUGUUCAGUGU